CUGCACUGUCACCAGGGGCAGAUGGUCAGCUGCUCACAUGAGUGCACGCUCGCAGAGGAAACACACACACUGCGGAUCUCUCCUGACUUGAGUGCUACAGUUUGACACUUGCAGGAUAAAAGAGUUAAAGACACUCUCAUUCACAUGUGGGACAUCCCAGCUUGAUCACGCCACCAUGAACAAGGCAGUUUCUCAUGCUGAGCAUCUGUGCUGGAAACUGUAAUCCGCCUCCAAGAUGGCGGACACGUCAUUAAACGUUACUAAGGAGCCGGCUGCUGAGAUGGACAUUUGCAUGUUGGAUAUCAACCACAGCCAUGAGGUCAUCCCGUCCAUUGUCUGCUCCGUCUGCCUCUCCUUUGGACUUAUCUACUGCUUUCUAGGAUACCGCUGCUUCAAGAUUGUCAUGUUCUUCUCUGGCUUCCUGUUUGGAUCAGCUUCUGUGUUGCUGCUGUACCACAAUGAACCCGUGCUGGGGGCUCACCUGGGGGCUGAAACCAGAGCUGGGAUUGGUCUGGGCGUGGGGGUGCUCGUUGGCCUGGUCACCCUGCUGGUGCCCACCUUGGGGAUCCUCUUAUGCGGCCUCCAACUGGGCUGCCUGCUCUCCUCUGCCACCCUCGUGGUCGUCGGACAGUUUUACCGCAUCACACCAGAGUGGGUGCCUCUCGGCGCCAUCAUGGCUGCCGCCGUCGCCGCGGCUGUGUUCAUCCUGCAGUGGCAGAAAGUGUUUGUCAUCAUGUACACGUCUGUGUUUGGUGCCAUCACUGUGAUGCUGUGUGUGGAUUACCUAGUGGGAGCCUUCAUGCUGCCUGAUCAGGUGUAUGAUGUGUUCUGUCAAGCAGCCCCACUUCCACUAUGUUGGUUUAACUGGGCCAUCGGUGGAAUUGGCCCUGCUUUAAGUCUGACAGGAGUGUUGGCGCAGUGGAAGUUUACAGCCAAAGGAGCGUCUCAUACACAGGGUUCACACAAAACAAUGAAGAAACAUUCCAAAAAGCAUAAUUUUGCAGAGUCAAGAAAAAGGCCUCCACAUUACCGUCGGCGUAGGCCUCCAGCUCUUAAACGCUACGCAGGAGAUGUCCUUGCACCGAGUUACCUGCGCAGCCUGCAGGAGCACCAGGUGGGAACAGGCUCAUCCAGCAGCAGUGUCAGCACCAUCACACACACUCUCAUUGACUUUGACUUCCAGACUGGCUCCAUGGUGCCUCUGACCGCAGCCUCGCCAACCUUUACGGUGUGAAGGAGCAGAGGGACUAAUAAUCAUGCGUGGAACAUUUCUGAGAGAUACAGUGCAUCUGGAAAAUAUUCACAGCACUUCACUUUUUCCACGUUUUGUUAUGUCACAGCCUUCUUCCAAAAUGGAAUAAACUCAUUUUUGUCCUCAAAAUUCUAAAGACAAUAGCCCAUAAUAUGAAAAUUGUCAUCUUUUUUUAUAUAUAUAUAUUUUGCAAAUUGAU